AUGUCAGAAGAGGGAAAAAAUCUGACAGAUAAAUCAUUAGAAUCCAACACUUAACAUUCAUUAUAUCGAUUAGUUUAUUUGAUGGUUAGGGAUUAAAACUAAUCGAUCAUAGUGCAUAGUAUAGCUAUGUUAAUCACUUUAAUGUAAAUUCAUUAUUUCAAAUUCAAUCAUAUGGUAUAAUUAUUAUUGUAUAGAGAUUGUUUCAGUUUGGUAGGAUAAUAAUGCAGAUAUAUUAACUGAAAUCUUUGGAUAUUUUAAUUUUACUCAUUAUUUGUUGAAUUAGGAUUAUAAUGCAGUAUAAAUAUUAAUUUAUGUUUCUAUUGCAUUAUUAUGUUUAUGGAUGUUCUUAUUUUUAACAUCAAUCUUAUUUAUAGUAAAUUAGAAAGAUCCAGUUUAAUUAUUAAUCAAUAUAUUAAAAUACAUGACAUUUGUAUUCAGUACAAUACUCUAUAUACCUGUGCUAUUCUUAUUUACUGUAAUAAUAUUAUUAAUAUAAUAAAGUUCUCAAUUAGUUGUACAAAUGGAUAUAUGGAUGAAUUUCCAAAUGAAAAAUGUUGGUAAGGAUUAUUAGUCAUAGAUUAAAUACUUUCUAUAAUUGGAUUAAUUAUUCUAUUCUUCAUGUGCUCAUCAGUUAAUCUUUUAUUAUUUGAUGGAACCUUUGACUAAGAAAAAGCCUUAUCAAAAAGAAAUGGAAGAUGUACAGCCUUGACUUCAAUCCAUUUUGGUAUAGUAGUAUUGUUAUCUAUGUUACCACAUAAUGAUAAUUCAUAGGUAUUUUUUGAAGUUUAUUAAUUAAUUGGAUCUGUGAUUUGUUUUUUAUAUGCCAAGAAAAAUGAUGCUUAUAAUAAUAGAAUAAUGUAGAAGUUAUUUUUAACUUAUCUUACUUUAGAGAUGUGGGCCUCCCUUAUGUUAUGUAUAUCUAAUUUAGUAGAGAAGAGAAUUAUGGUUGGUUCAUUGUAUACUUGGUUAUUUUGUUUGCCUUUUGUAUUUAUGAUAUAGUUAUUAUAAUAAUAAAAGAGAGAAUAAUGUUUAAUGAUUUAUGUAAAUAAGUUUGAUAAUCCUGUUUAAUUGGUAAAUCAUGUACAUGAAGUUAUUAAAUUAGUAGAAUAUGAUAAAAAAAGAUUACCAUAAGGUUAAUUAUUAAACGGCUAUAUUGAAUUUCAUAAUUAGACUUGUCCAAAUCCAUUAUGUCCAUUGAAAAAAGUGAAAUUCUCAUUAAAUAUGUUUAAAGCAAAAAAUGAAUUGGUUAGUAAAACUGAUAAAAGACAUUAAUUAAUUUAUGAUACAAUGACAAGAUUGUUUAUAAUGGGAAUAGGUAAGUUUCCUACUGAUGUAUUUAUUCGAAUAGAAUAUGCUUUAUUUACUUUAAGAGUAUUGAAAUCCAAGCCAUAAGCUUUAGAGGAAUUAAGUAAUAUAGAAAAACUUAAAUCAUCUUUUGAUGAAAAAUAUAUAGUUUUUUAUAUCAAAAGUGUAAUAGAGGCUGAGAUAUCUGAAUUAAGUGGAGAAGGAUAGGAUUUUACUGAAUAAAGAGAUUUUGAUGAGAAAUUUGGAUCUUUUAAAUAAGCAAUGGAAAGAAGUGUAAGUUUAUUAAUGGAAUUUUGGUCUUAAUUUGCAGAUGAAAAGCCUGAUUUAAUAAAAUUAUAUGAAAUUGGAUCAAAAUUAUUUCCUAUUAGAAUGUAUGUUGAUACUACUUGGAAAAGACUUUAAAGAAUUUAAAAUCAAUAAUUACCAUAAGCAUUAAGAUUAUAUUCUAAAUAUUUAAUUGAAAUUUUUAAUGAUAGAAUAUCAGGAUUUGAUUUACUUGAAUAAGCUAGAAAAAUAGAGAGUUCAUUUGCUUAAAGAAAAGCAUUUAAAUUAGGAAUGACAUCAAAUUUGAAUGUUGAUGGAUAAGAAGAUGGUUGUGUAUUUAUAUCAUUAGAAGAAGAGAAAUUUGGUUAGAUUUAUGCAAUUAAUAUGGCUGCAGCAUCAUUAUUAGGAUUUGAUAAAAAUGAAUUAAUGAAUAAGAAAAUAAAUAAUAUUAUGCCUUAAUUAUAUGCAAAACAUCAUGAUGAUUUUUUAAGAAGAUUUUUAGAUACUAAUGAAGCUACUUUAUUAAAUAAAGAAAGAUUAUUAUUAGGAAAGCAUAAAAAUGGUUAUUUAUUAGGGAUAAAUGUAUUAUUACGUCCAGUUUAUCAUGUAUUAAAAGAAGGAGUUGAAUUUGUAGGUACAUUUAAAAAAGAAAAGAGAAUUAAGGAUGUAGCUUAUUUAAUUUGUAAUAAAGAAUAUUUAGUAGAAGAUAUUUCUGGAGGUUGUAUAAAUUUAUUAGGUUUGGAUGUAAAAUCAUUAUAAAUUUAAGAAGUUCAUUUAUUUGAUUUAUUUCCAGAAAUCAAAGAAUGUUAUGGUGAUUUUAAAAUGAAAUAAGGAAAAUCAAUUGAUUUUAUAUUACCAAAAAUUCUUGAUGAUCAUAUUGCAUUUGGAGCGUCUGAUACAACAAUUAGAUUAAGUGUCUCUAUUUAGGAUAUUAAUUUUUUAAUAAUGAAGAAUUCAGAAAAUGAAUAAGGUUUAGCUGGAUAUUAAGUUAGAGUAGAAAGAUAAAUAGAUUUAUCUAAUUCAAAUAUUAAAUAAUUAUAAUAGAAAUUAUCAAAGAAUUAAAACUUUUCAUUUAGAUUACAAUUUUAAUAAACUGGAAUGCAUUUUUAUGGAGAAUUUACUGAUGCUAAUUAUAGUGAAAUGAUAACUCAUAUAUAAGAUUAAAGUAUGUUUACUAAUUAAGAAUAUGAUUUAAAAAGUAAAGAAAUUGAAAAGAAUGAAGAUGUAAUUGAUUAUUCUUCAGGUAUUAGAGUAAUGAGAUUGUUUGAGGGUGUAAUAUAUGAUAUAGAAAAGUUUUAAUCUGAUGCAGAUAUGGAAAGUUAUGAGGAAAUUCAAAUUAAGAAAGAGGAAUAAUAGAAUUAAGAGAAUGAUGAACCUAAUGAAUCUGGAUAUUUUAGAUCAUCUAAGGAAUUAUAAGAGACUUUAAAUGCAUAAAGUGAAAGUAGAACAAUAAGAUGGUUAUAUUACAUAUCAUUUUUACUUACAAUUCUAUUAAUUAUCUUAUGUAUAUUGAACAAUGUUUUUGAAAGAGAAGAAAUCAACAAUUAGAAUUCUGAUUGGAAUAUGAUUAUUAAAUAAUCUGAUAUGAUAAUAUAUCUUAAUGAAAUUGUAUUAUAUUCAAGAGAAUUGAUGUUAUUGAAUCUUGGACUAUCAUAUUACAAGGAGGAUAAAUUAUUAUUUAAUUUGAAUAAUAGUAUUGAAUAAUUUGAUUCUAUGAGUAAAGACAUAUUUAUGAAGAUUUCAUUUAAUUCUGAUGUAAUGAUGAAUACUUAAUCAGGUAAAGAAAUUAGUACUUUAGAAUAGGCUAGUUAACAAAUUGUAAGUAAAUCACUUAAUAUUUAAUAAGCAUACUCUUAAUUAAAUGAAAAUUAAAUAGAUUAUUAUUAUGUGAUUUACAAUUCAUUAAAUGAUUUUAUUCGUGCUCUAUUAGAAAUGUAUAUGAAUACUAUUGAUUUAUCUUAUGAUCAAACUAAUAAAUUAUAUAGUGAUAUAUUAGUUAUACUUAUAUUAUCUGCAUGUUUAACAUUUAUAUCAUCUAUUAUAUUGACAUGUAUAUUAACUAGUACUUUAGAUAAAAGAUAAGAAAUAUUGAGUAUAUUUUUGGAUAUUCCAGAAAAAACAGCUAAAUUAUUUUACUCAAAAUGUGAAAACUUUUUAUCUUAAAUAUCAUCAAAUGAAGAUGAUGAAGUUUUAAGUGAAAUAGAUAUCAUAGAGGAAAAAGGGAAUGAUGAACCUGUUUCACUUUUAGGUAGAAAAAGAAAGAGGUUUAAGAAUAAUGAAAAUAAGCAUAUGGGAUUUUUUGUUAAGAUGUUAUUCUUAGCAUCUAUAAUAGAAUCAUACUUUAUUAUGAUCUAUUUCUUAGAUUAAAAUAAUGCUGAUCAAAAAAUUAAUAUCUUAAAUGAAUUUAAUCAAACAUCCUUAAGUUCUAGUUAUUAUUCUAUUUUAGUCAAUUCACUUAAAUAAUAUAUUUAUAAUGACAACAUAAAUUUAAUGAAUCAAGAUAGUAAUGCAACUUUGAUUCAAUUGAUACAUAAUGUUUAUGAGAUAGAUACUCUUUAUUAGAAAUUACAUGCUAUAAAUGUAGAAUAUAAUGAUAUUUCUUAUAUUGAUUAUUACAAUUCUAUUAUGUUUGACAAUCUAUGUACAACAAUUACUUUUAAAGAAAUUACAUGUGAUACUUUUGCUAAUGGAAUUUUAGAUCAUGGAUUAAUGACAGCUGUUUCCAGACAUUUUCAAAAUAUACGAAAACUUUAUAAUACUUAUUAAAAUCUCAUAUCAAAUGAUUCUUUAGAAUUUCCAUGGUCUAAUUAUACUCUUCUUGAAUUAUCUACUGAUCUAAAGAGAAAUAAAUUACUUAAUUUGCUUAAUACUCCAGAAAGUUAUGAAAUAAGUAAAUUAAAUAUUUAUAUUCUAGAUGAUAUGUAAUUUUAUGUAAUUAAAGAUGCAUUUACACUAUUAAAGAAUGAAUACUUAAAUAUAAUUACAAAUGAUCAAGAAAAUUAUAUUGUUCAACAAUUAAUACUGAUGAUUUUCUUCUUGUUAACAUUAAUAUUAGCAUUAUUAUUUUGUUGGAAUCCCUUCUUAAGGAAAUUAAAUAGAGAAGUAUUUAUAUAUUUAUAAAGUAGAUUUGGUCAACUAAAUGCUUAUUAACCUUUAUUCCCAUAGAUGAAAUAGCUAAAAUUAGAACGAUAAAUAAUUAUAUAAGGACAGUAAUAUUAGAAUAAAACAUUUGA